AUGGGACUGAAAUGGGAAGGUGAAACCAGUAUUCUUUUCCUUUGGUUUGAGGCUCCCAAGGAAAUGUCCUCGGGCCAAUUCUUGCGGUUUGCCGCGACUUAUCUCAUCAAGCAACAACCAAAGACCUCCUCUCAACCUUCAUCAAACCUUUGGGCCACCUCGGUUGCUUCUACCCCAGAUGAUGUUUAG